AUGUUUGUGUCGCCACAGCAACUAUCCACAUUGCAGCCCUAUCCAAGGCUUGGGAAUUGUGUUCCGAAUAAUUGGACCAGAAAGAAAGAAAGAAAGCGUUCAGCUGUAGCACUCUCCCGGUGCCUAGCUGCCAUGCCACCCGAAGGAAGCACGAGGGCUGGGAUACUGCCAGGUUGCCCAAGCCUAGACAGGGGAAGUCGAGUGGCGGAGGUCGGAUUCGAACCGCGGACCUUCAGGACAGUUUUUGGUCCAUCUUGGUCUGCUGAUGUUCGUCUGGACCGUACAACCUUUGGGGUAAAAGGGCACAGAAACCCAUAUGACUUGUCACGUGAUCUUCAUGUCGCCAUGUUAGUCGGGACACUACACCCAAUAGGAAUGAAGCGUCGACAACAGAGGGCAGUUAACACCGAAGGCCGGGCGAGCAUCAAAGGCUGGAAGCAUUUCACUGAACUGGAUCCGAACAGUUGUCUGUGCGCUGUGCCACUGUCUGGCUCAAUUAAGAUCAAUGCAUAUCAACGCGGUAAGUGGUGUUUAUUUGUCGAAUCAGUAUAUUCCUCGAAAAACUGCAGUUCUGAGACUGAGAAGGGCCAGUUUUAUCAAAAUCUGUCGCGACUGUUUCCGUCAGCAAGAAGGAAGUAUAUAGUAAUCCUGGCGGAUGAUAUAGGUGGUAGACUUAGAGUUGAUGCUCAGCGUACGGAUAAUUGUGAACGACUGCUUCACUUGUGUGCCGAUCAUCGUCUGUUCCUGGACAGUGCGAACUUCCAGCAAAAACACUCACACCAGGUUACUACUUCGUUUUCCGUCAGCGUUACGCGUACUGAAGCAGAGCACCUCCACUCAUCAACUUUGAUAAGGAUCGAGUUGAUCUGGCUGGAAAGCUACUGGAAAAGCCUGGUCAUGCAGAUGAGUAAGAUUACUGGCGGGGUGAAUGGAAGAGAGUUGAAGCUCUCAGAGUUUAGAGCUGUUUGUCCAAGCCAUUUGGCUCGACUAGGCGGACAGUGGAUAUCGUUGAGAUUGGCAGAUCCUAUUGUUGUCAGAAAGACCGUACCAGCAAUUAGCGACUAUGAUGGCGUACGCAUGUUUCUCAAACAUAGGAUGAUCGAGAGCUUGAAGGAUGACAGAAUGCCGAUGGACUGCGGAGGUUUAAAGCUAGAGAAGGCUUUCGCUGCGGGCAACAGCCGCUCCUCAUCUUAG